AUGAAAAAGACAGUGUUGUAUAAUUGCUUCAUUGUUUUCAACAAAGAUGGCAGUGUAGUAACAGCUUAUGAUGGUUGCCCAGCUGGAGUUGACGGGCGUUGCAACCAUGUAACUUCAACACUAUUUGCACUGGAGGAGUUCUUCAAACAAAGUAAAGCACCUGUAAAUCCUUCCUUAACCCCUGCACUUUCUUGCACUUCAAAGCCAUGUGCAUGGAAUGUCCCAAGAAAAAGAAAGAUUGACAAUCUGCCAAUUGCCAAAGCCAAAUUUAAAAAACAUCAACAUGGCAAACUAAGCAAGAGUGAGGAUAAAUCUCCUCCAUCAACAAGGGAUGUUAGAGCACCACACCAGCAGUACCCGAAUACAAACACUGACAUGUAUAAUUUAUUGCACCGUGUCAAGGAGAUUGAGAAUAAGACAGGCAAGAAAAUGGCCUUAAGUCUCAUUUUACUGCAGAAAACUUUGGAGGAAAAUAAAGAAACGAUUUUGGUUGAACAUAAUUACUGCACACCCUUGACUCACAUUGAACCAGUUGAACCAGAACAAGGAAAUGGUAGUCCAGUGUCAACUGAACUGUUAUCACCAGUGAAAUGCCAUCCAGUGAGUUUGGAAGAAAUAAAGGAAAGGUGCAUAAAAGUUAAGAAAAGGCUCUUUGCUGAUGAAAAGGAUGUUGAUCAAAUUGAAAAAGAAACCAUGGGCCAAUCAGUAAAUGAAAACUGGAAUCUGCAUCGAAAAAUAAGAAUAACUGCAUCUAAAUGCCAUCGAAUUGCCACUCUGCAAGCAACUACCUCCCCUACAAAGGCCAUUAGUGAAGUCUUACAUUACAAGCAGAUCCCUCAAACAAUUUAUAUGAAAGAGGGCUUGUCAAGAGAAGGUGCUGUUAUUGCAGAAUACAUCAAAUCAAGGAAACUGAACAAUCAAAAUGUCCUAGUGAAACCAUGUGGACUUUUCAUCAGCAAAUCACAUAAUUUCUUGGCUGCAUCUCCAGAUGGCUUAGUAUACAAUGCCGACUCCACUGAGCCAAGUUCCAGUGGACUUAUUGAAAUAAAACUUGUCUUCCUAAAGGAGAAUGAGACUUUGCAUGAUGGACUUAUCAGAAAAAGAAUCUUUCUUCCUGGUUCAACUGAUGGACAGCUGGUUAUCAACCAGAAACACAAGUAUCACUAUCAAGUCCAGCAACAGUUGUUUGUUACAGAGAAAUCAUGGGUGGAUCUGGUGAUUAAGGGAGUUAAAGAGCUUACAGACAGAUCAUUUGUAGACAUUGAAGGUGUUUUCAUUUCGACAGUAAACUUUGAUCGUAAAUUCUGGAGUUCAGUGCUCCCAAAACUGGAGGCAUUUUACAAUGAGCACAUUCUUGUAGAACUUGCUUAUCCGCGUGUUAAAUAUGGCCUUUCAAGAUUUGACAUGAGAGGAUGUUGA